CAUUGAAAUAGUACAUUGCUUGUGAUAAUAUUUAUCAGCAUUAUGUAAACACUUUUUAAAUUUUUAAUGCACACAUCAGUCAAUUAUAAUUUGAAUCACACAUUACACGUGCAUUUAUUCAUUUUUUAAUGCAAAUCAUAUGUUGACCAUGGCAGUGCAUGACAAUGUGCCAGCAUAUGCGAACAGAUCCUGAUAACGAUUCGGGCAAAUUGUCUGGAAAAAAGUACUGUCACAGUUACAAGCAAAACAACAAAUACAACCAAAAAGUUACAUUUUAUAAUUUUUCAAUACACAUUAUGUAAUCGAUGAACGUAAGCCGGUUAGUUGCAUUUGGCAGGAUUAGGCCCCUUUAGAGUUAGUCAGUAGCGAAAGUGCUCCUUGAAAGAGGGUGCAAUUGUCGUUUCUUUAGUAAGAAUCAACAAUAGAAUUAUCAUGAGAAAGGACACUGGUCCGGGCUCAAAGGUCCGAUCUGGGGAUACACACUUUUGAUUCGGGAAGAGGGCGUUUUAAGUGACCACCAAGAGUACAGGAGAAUUGUUUUGGGGCAACGUGGAAAAAAAGCAGACCUGCAGAAACCCACCGAUCUAUACUACAGUAGUUACUAUUGAUCAAACGUCACCUCUUUGAACGCACGCGCUUGAAAGUUACACUACUUAUCGAGAAUUAUUUAAAAAAAAACACAGCAUGUAAGGCUUAGCAUGUCAUACAUGCUUCUUAUUAAAGGAACGAUUUACAUAUUUGUAAAAUUUGUAAUUAAAUAAACAGCACCUCCAUUCAAAUAAAUUUAGAUUGCAUAAAGAUAAUAACACCAUACCGAGCGUAUACGAUAGUGUUCAUAAUAUAUAGCAACGAAAUUACAAGACAACAGUGAGUACAGUGUUCAUUAAAGGUAAGAACUUCUGGUUUUACAUCGCACCCUCUUACUCUCUCUUCACCUAUUGUGUGUGUGUGUGAGAGAGAGAGAGAGGGAGAGAGGUACAGAAAGAAUUUCUUAUAAUAAGAUUUUUCAUAUACCUAAAAUGUUUUUCAAAUCUAUAUUUUUGAGUUUAAAAGAGUCUACUCCUAAAGCUAAUAUCAGAAACACAAUUUGUCUGAUCCUAUUUCUGCUCAUAUUAAAGCGACUACAGCGCAAACUAAAGCCUCCAUACAGUGUGUUUGAGUCUACCAGAAAAAUCUCACAUGAAUAUUAUCAAUUUGUCUAGCUAAAAAGAAAAAAAGGGAUUGCUUUUGGGCUGUGUAGUUAUUUGCAGUUUUCCCCUCUCUUGCAUGCACUAAUCUCAAUAUCUAACAUAAUGUGUCAGUAAGCAUAAACACAUGCGGUGUUCAGGUGUUUUAAUGCGAUGAAAAGGUCAGCUAUUAUUUAUUAUAACGAUUCAAAAUGGAUUAACACAAUAACAUGCAGCGUGUUGCUAACGUGCUAUUUUAAAGUCUUGACAAAAGACAGGCAGUUUAAAUUGAUCACAUAAAAUCCAAACACUUCCUAAAACACACACGUACGAUUGAAAACACUAUAUUUAACAUUACACUGUAUAAAUAUUUUUCCAGUCAUUUUGCCUAAGUUUAGCCUACAUACGUUCAGAGUCUCAGCAUUACAAGCAAUAACAGAUUUUAUAUCUAUAUCUAUAUGUUUAUGAUUUGUCAAUACGUACAGGCUACUUUACUCUUUCCUUUUACUCCGUGUAGUUAAACGUAAUAAUUUGCUUUUUGUUAGUGCUAUUUUCGGCAUGUUUGUUUUUUAUGUAGAAAAGUUUACCGUGCAUAUACAGUAAAAAAUCUCGAGUUCUUUAUGCUUUUAAAACAUUCAUAAUGAUAUACAGUUCUGUAUUAGUACAGUAAAGUCUUUCGUUUUUUUUUUAAGUUCGACAAUCCUAAAAGAAUUUAAAAAUAUAAAUGUUAUAAAUUCUGGAAUAUACGAUUAUUUUAAUAGGCUAAUCAAACCAUUUAGUAUGGCGAACUUGCUGAUUUUGUUAGUGCUCUAAACUUUCCGCCGACAACGCUGUUUUCGAGGUUAAAAUGUGUGUUCAUUUCAUUUCAUAAAGACACUCGGUUGGAUAAACAUACUUAAAAGCGCGUAUUUCUAAAUGCAAAAGUAGCGCCCGAAUAACACAAGCCGUGCAGCAGGGGCUGCGCGCUCCUACGCUAUUAACUUCCAGUGUCUUCUUUCUCAUCAAACUCUUACUUUGCGCUGUACUUAAUUCCAUAUUUUCAAUUCCCGAUCACUACUUUCCUCUUUUUCCUUCUCCAUCCAUCUAUCCAUCCCUCCCUCCCUCCUCUAUCUCCCUCCUCCCUCUCUCUCUCCUCGGCUCUCUGCUGAAUCUUAUUGAUCCAGAAGGUGGCUAAUUAGCCCUUCCCGUCGUGCCUGUGUAAUGAAGCACAUGCGCACUGAAUUAAUCACAGCCAUUUUUUGCAGGAAACUAAUUAGCAGGAAUAAAGAUCCAAAGAGUUUUUUUCUUUUCAAUCAUCAGAUCUCACUUUCGCCUCUUCCUCUCUCCCUCCAACACGAGACUCAUCGCCUGCUUUGCAUCCAAAUUAUUUUUAUAUUGCCUUUACAACUAAUACUCCGUUUUUUUGUACACUCUCCGCAACAACAAUGAUCUUUCUUUUACCCUCAUCCUAAACGCAAACUGACCAAAGGGGACUGCCUUGAUGGGAUCUUUAGCCAAAGCGUCUCAAUACUGGAUUAAAAAGCGAGGAUCUCAAAGCGGCAGCGAAACAUUGCCUGGAUGCGAUGAACGCCUCAUGUAGGCAUCAGCAUGGAAAGCUGUGAGUCUCCCGUGGUUUCUGGGACAGACGAUGGGCUUGGCUCCUCCGCCACCUCCCAGCAGCAGCACCAUCCACAACCCUGGAAAGAUCACCCAAACGCACAGGUCCCACCUUGCAACCAGCCUCCUUCAUUGGAGCCCUUGUCUCUCGCUGCACCCCACUCAGCCCAGCUCCAAAACCCCAAAGCGCCUCGUGAGGCUGAGAGAGAACAGCAGCAACAAACGCAGUCCCAGGCUACCAGCGAUAGCUCUGCUACCGGACGGCUGCACCCCAAAAUAAAGGGGUUGGAGGAGGACGAGCAGGAGGCAGUGAGCUGUGGAGAAGAGGACGAAGACUUGGAAGACUUGGACGACAUGGAGAUUGACAGCUGUUUUCCAAGUCUGCAGCCUUUUCCUGGCAUACCUAUGGUGCCAAGCGGAGGGGGCAUGCCCAUGCUCAUGCGGCAACAGCCCUCCCAUCGGAGUGGAGCCACAGAAAGUGGGAGCGAAGAAGGAGAGGAGGAGGAGGAAGAAGAGGAAAGUAGUGAUGUGGAAAACCUGGCUGGAGAGAUCGUCUACCGGCCUGAUGGCUCCGCCUACAUUGUGGAGAGCCUCAGCCAGCUGAUCCAAAGCGACGGGAGCAUAGAACCAGGGCUGCUCACUUCAAACUCUCUCCCCAGUGGGGGAAAGCCAGGGGAACCUGCUGGGACCUCCUCUUCGGUGUACCCUCAGAUUAUCAAUACGUUCCAUAUAGCUUCGUCUUUCGGAAAAUGGUUCGGCUCCUCAGACCAAGGUUUCCCCAAUACCUCAACCCUGGCAGGCCUCAGUCCUGUCCUGCACAGUUUCCGCGUCUUUGAUGUGCGGCACAAAAGCAACAAGGAUUACCUGAACAGUGACGGGUCCGCCAAGAAGUCCUGUGUUUCCAAAGAUGUUCCCAACAACGUGGAUUUCUCCAAAUUCGACGGACUGGCCCUUUAUGGCAAAGGCAAGCCCAUUCUCAUGUGUUUCCUCUGCAAGUUGUCCUUUGGCUACGCACGCUCCUUCGUCACGCACGCAGUCCACGACCAUCGCAUGACCCUGUGUGAAGAUGAACGCCAGCUCUUAGGGCACAAGCAAGCGUCUGCCAUUAUACAGGGCAUUGGCAAGGACAAAGAGCCACUCAUUAGCUUCCUAGAACCAAAAAAUAAGAACUCUCCUCCGCCGCCCACCCUAGUACCCAUGAACUCAGGCCAGAGCUUCUACGGCACGUUCAGCGGGGUUCAUUUAGAAGGUGGUGGCAAUAUUGAGGGAGGUGAAAGCCUCCUCAGCAAAGACUCAGAUUUGGGUCUCCAGCAACAAGCCCUUCUCACGUUGGGUGGCCUUGGCAGCCCCAAAACACUCUCCCUUACCUCAACCCCAGGCCCAGCCAAAGACUCCAGUGCUCUGUCCAUGCCACAGGGUAGGAGAACAGAGGGGUCUGUAGGAAAACAGGGGACUUAUAGAGGGGGGGAUAGGGAGGCAGGAACUUGCGAAAGCAAGGCCCUCCUUCCUGGUGAGGAGAUGGCCUCAGAGGAAGACGAGGAACUUCUUUUAGAAGAGGAGGAUGAAGAGGUUGAGGAUGAAGGCACUGCGGUGGCCUGUAGUGGAAGUAGCAACAGCGGUGGCAGAUUUGUGGGGGAAUCGGCUGUCUCAAACCAAAGCAUCUCCAAAUCUCCUUUAUUAAUGCCUAGUAGCGCUCUCCAGCCUUCUGCUUGUCUCUCCGCAGCCAGCCCUGCACUCAGCAGCAAAGCCUCUGCUUCCAUGUCCUCUUCCUCUAUCAGGGGGUCAGAGGAAGGGAUGGCUGCAGACGGUGGAGGGAGAACUUUAGAACUCCCUCUGAGCUUUAACUGCCAGGGGACCAUGGUCCCCAUGGCGAUGGCGGCUGCCGCCGGUAGAGGGACAGAAGAGGACGGAGCCGCAAGCUCCUUUGCGAGCACGUCCUCCCCUCUUGCCUCCAAUGCCGCCGCUGAGGAAAGUGCCAAUCGAGAUAGUGCCACAGCUCCUGAACCAAAUGAAUGCCCAGCAGAGGGAGAUGAGGACAACGAUGCCCUCCUCCAUCACCACCACCACCUUCACCACCCUCACCCGUCACCGAACUCCCACACGCAUCCCCAUCACGCAGUUCCUUGUGACAUGUCAGGAAUGGGUGAAUGCGCUCAGAACCACAGCAGCGGAGGCAGCGGAGUGGAGUGUCCGAAGUGUGAUACCGUCUUGGGCUCCUCGCGCUCAUUGGGUGGCCAUAUGACCAUGAUGCACUCACGUAACUCGUGCAAGACGCUAAAGUGUCCCAAAUGCAACUGGCACUACAAAUACCAGCAGACCCUGGAGGCCCACAUGAAGGAGAAGCACCCUGACUCUGGAGGCUCCUGUGGGUACUGCAGCAGUGGGCAGAGUCACCCCCGCCUCGCCCGUGGAGAGAGCUACACGUGCGGCUACAAGCCCUUCCGCUGCGAGGUCUGUAACUAUUCCACUACCACCAAGGGCAACCUAAGCAUCCAUAUGCAGUCUGACAAACAUCUCAACAACAUGCAGACAUUACAGAACGGGGGUUCUAUUCCUUCGGCUAGCGAACAGGUGUUCGGGCAUGCGCCCGGUGGGGUUGUGGCCAUUUCCUCUGCUGCCCAGGCCAGCGGUCAUCACCCUACUCACCACCAUCACCCAGCCCAGUCCUCCACCCACCACCAUCACCCAGCCCAGUCCUCCACCCACCACCAUCACCCAGCCCAGUCCUCCACCCACAUGGCAGGGCCCUGUGGUGCCCCCUCACCAACCAAGCCAAAAAGCAAGCCCACAUGGCGGUGUGAGGUAUGUGACUAUGAGACCAAUGUAGCACGUAACCUACGAAUCCACAUGACGAGUGAGAAACACAUGCACAACAUGAUGCUGCUUCAGCAGAACAUGACCCAGAUGCAGCACGGCCGGCUUGGUCUGGGGGCCAUGCCUUCACCCUCGGAGGCCGAGCUCUACCAGUACUACUUGACGCAGAACAUGAGCCUUCCGCCUGGCCUCAAGAUGGAUCCCUCGGGAGCUGAUGCCCAGUUCCUGUUUGGUGGUUUUCAUCUGGACCCCAACAUGGCAGCCCUGGCCCCAGCACUAGUUGGAGGGGACAUGGCCAUGGAUGUACGCCUGGGCGGAGGUCAGCUGGUCUCAGAGGAGCUGAUGACCCUCGGUGAGAGCCUAUCCCAGUCCAGCGACCCUUCCCUCAAACUCUUCCAAUGCGCUGUGUGCAACCGUUUUACAACCGACAACCUGGACGUGCUGGGUCUGCACAUGAGCGCCGAGCGUUCGCUCCCUGAAGAGGAGUGGAGAGCUGUGGUGGGCGACUCGCACCAGUGUAAGCUGUGCCACUACACCACGCAACUCAAGGCCAACUUCCAACUGCACUGCAAGACUGACAAGCACGUGCAGAAGUACCAGCUGGUGGCUCACAUCAAGGAGGGCGGCAAGGGCAACGAGUGGCGCCUCAAAUGCGUGGCCAUUGGCAAUCCCGUACAUCUCAAAUGCAACGCCUGCGACUACUACACAAACAGCCUGGAGAAGCUGAGGAUGCACACGGUCAACUCUCGCCAUGAGGCCAGUCUCAAGUUGUACAAGCAUUUGCAGCAACACGAGAACGCCGUGGAGGGCGAGUCCUGCUACUACCAUUGUGUCCUGUGCAACUACUCCACCAAGGCCAAGCUGAACCUCAUCCAGCACGUCCGGUCCAUGAAGCACCAACGCAGCGAGAGCUUACGCAAGCUGCAGCGGCUGCAGAAGGGUCUGCCCGAGGAAGAGGAGGAGCUGAGUGCCAUCUUCACCAUCCGCAAGUGUCCGUCUGCCGACACAGGAGAGCUGAGUGAGGAUGUGGAGGCUGCCAGUGAGAACGCCACAGAUCAAGAGGACCAAACCAAAGGCAGAGACAGUGGGGGGGAGAGGGAGCUCACCAAAGGGACAGCAUCCAGCCAAUCGGAGAGGGAACAGACGGAUUCUCCGGUCCCCUCCAAGCGCCCCCCCUCAAGGUCGGAGGCAUCGGAAAGCCCCCUGUCGUCUAAAAGACCCAGGACAGCUGAGAAAAGCAGUGGAGAGCAGAUGUACCAGUGUCCCUACUGCAAGUUCAGCAACUCAGAUCUGAACCGGCUAAGAAUGCACGUGAUGACGCAGCACUCUGUGCAGCCCAUGUUCCGCUGCCCGCUGUGCCAGGACAUGCUCAACAACAAGGUCCACCUGCAGUUCCACCUCACCCACCUCCACAGCGUGGCACCUGACUGCGUCGACAAGCUGAUUGCCACUGUGUCAGCAUCAGAAGUACUGCCUGCAAGCAUGUUCAUACCAGUCCCUGGACCAGACAGAGAUACUCAAAACACACCUCAGUCUUUGACCAACUCAAACUCAGAUGACACUAAAAAGCAAGCAGAUGUGGCAGAUAUUGAGUCUGAGAAAGGAGUUUGCCUGGCCACAGACACGUCUGAAUCUCGCAAGUCUCCUCUUGAGGAACAGCAGCCUUCAAAAGAUGAUUCCACUGCUUUUCUUUGUUGGAAAAAGGGCUGCAACAAAGUCUUCAAGUCCUCCAAUGCCCUUCAGAUGCACUUCAAUGAGGUCCACAAUAAAAGGCCCCAACUGCCUGUUUCUGAUCGACAUGUCUACAAAUAUCGCUGCAACCAGUGUAGUUUGGCAUUCAAGACAAUAGAGAAACUACAGCUCCAUUCCCAAUACCAUGUAAUCCGUGCAGCCACAAUGUGUUGUCUGUGCCAGCGGAGCUUCAGGACCUUGCAGGCACUCAAGAAGCAUCUGGAGACCAGUCACCUGGAGCUGAGUGAAGCCGAUAUUCAGCAGCUUUAUGGAGGUUUACUGAUGAAUGGAGAUUUAAUGAUUAUGGGUGAUCCAUCACUUGGAGAGGACCAGGGUGGUCUACUUGAUGAUGAUAAGGAAGGAGAAGAAAGCGACCCAGAGGAAAAGCAAAGUCCAACUGGCAGUGACUCUGGAUCUUUGCAAGAGGAUUCUGGAUCUGAACCAAAACGAGCCCUGCCAUUUAGAAAAGGCCCCAACUUUACUAUGGAGAAGUUUUUAGAUCCAUCCCGUCCUUUUAAGUGCACAGUCUGCAAAGAGUCAUUUACCCAAAAGAACAUCCUUCUUGUACAUUACAACUCUGUGUCGCACUUACACAAAGUCAAAAGGGCCCUACAGGAAUCCACCACUGGCCAGCCAGAACCAACCAGCAGCCCUGAUAAUAAGCCCUUCAAGUGCAGCACGUGCAACGUAGCAUACAGCCAGAGCUCUACAUUGGAGAUUCACAUGCGCUCUGUUCUUCAUCAGACCAAGGCCAGGGCAGCAAAGCUUGAAGCAGCCGGUGGCAGUUCUAGCUCCGUGAGCAGUAGUGGUCCAACUGGAAGCACUUCCAAUAGCACUUCAACCUCAAGCCCUGUUCCCACCACUAACUCGACCACCAGCAACAGCAGCAGUUCUCCGGCAGGAGCUCAGGCAGCUCAAGGCAUCCUAGGAGGUAACCAUCUGAGUCAUGCUCACAAUGUUGAGAAUUUUGGCAACUCUGCUUGUCAUUCCUCCCCUUCUGAGAAUCAUGAUGUUAAAAAGAAGAAAUUUGCAGAUAUCAUGUCCUCAAGGGGCCAUCAGCAGCAGCUUCAGCAACAACAGCAGCAGCUGGCCCAAGCUCAAGCACAGGCCCAAGCCCAACUCCAACAAGAGUUUCAGCAGGCCGCUCUUCUUCAGUCCCACCUCUUUAACCCUCUCCUCCAGCACUUCCCUAUGACUACAGAUGCUCUUCUCCCACUUCAGCAGCAGCAACUUCUCUUUCCGUUUUACAUUCCUGGGGCAGAAUUUCAGUUGAAUCCAGAAAUGAACCUAAAUAGCUCUUCACUGAACUUAAGUGCAUCUGCUGCUUCGCUGUUGGAGGAACAGAAAAACUCUGCCCAGCAGAGCUGCUUACAACAGCAGCUUCUGCAUCAUCACCUACAGCAACAGCACCAAGCCCAUUCCCACUCCCAGGGUUCAAGCCAAAUGGCUUUGCUUCAGCAGAGUGCUCUCUCUCACCCCGUAGACAAAAAAACAAAGUCAUCUCCUCACAGUGAGAAAGAAAGAGAACAUCCAAAGGAUAAAGAAAUUUGUGAUAAAGCAGAGGAUCAUGCCGCAAAAGACAUGUCAGACAAGUCCAAAGACAAGAAAGAGACUCCCCAAGCUGUAGCAAAUCUAAACCACGACUCUGGAUUUCCUCCUCCAAGGAUUGCAUCAGAUGCUCGUGGAAAUGCCACUAAAGCCCUGUUGGAAAAUUUUGGAUUUGAGUUGGUAAUUCAGUACAAUGAGAACAAGCAAAAAGCACAAAGAAAGCCAACCGGAUCUUUAUCUGGAUCCAGUGGGUCAGCUGGUAUCACCAGAGUGGUUGACCCCAUUGAAGGAUUAGAGAAGCUGGAGUGUGAGACCUGCGGGAAGCUCUUUUCCAACAUAUUGAUUCUGAAAAGUCAUCAGGAGCAUAUCCACCAGGCUUUCUUUCCUUUCCGAUUUCUAGAGAGAUUUGCCAAAGAGUACAGAGAACAAUAUGACAAGCUGUACCCACUGAGACCUCAAACACCCGAUGCUGCUACUGCUCCACCACAGCCUCCUCCACCCCCACCUCCCCCGCCACCUCCUCAAAGGGUACCAACACCAAAUAUACCUGUUACUACUUCUACCCUCACACCACCAACUUCUUCAACCCCACAACCCCCAGUUCCACUGCCUCAAAUUCAAAUGUCAAUGGAUCUCCCUCUCUUCUCUCCACUCAUGAUGCAGUCAAUGUCACUGCAGUCACUACCGUCUCAGAUUCCUGCCCAACUGCCAGCUGUGGAGCCCAGUCUUGCCACUGAUCUGGCCCAUCUCUACCAACAGCAGCUUACCCCCGCCAUGCUGCAGCAACAGAAUAAAAGACCCCGCACCCGCAUCACAGAUGACCAGCUAAGGGUGCUUCGCCAAUAUUUUGACAUCAACAACUCUCCAAAUGAGGAACAAAUAAAGGAGAUGGCAGAUAAAUCAGGACUCCCUCAGAAAGUCAUCAAGCACUGGUUCCGUAACACACUUUUCAAAGAGCGUCAGCGAAACAAAGACUCUCCUUAUAACUUCAACAAUCCUCCAAUUACCACUCUGGAAGAAACCAAAAUUGAUUCAAAGCCACCCUCACCAGAGCCCCAAAAACAUGAAUCAUAUGGAAAUAAGAGGUCUUCAAGAACGAGGUUCACAGACUACCAGUUGAGGGUACUGCAAGAUUUCUUUGACGCUAAUGCUUAUCCUAAAGAUGAUGAAUUUGAACAAUUGUCCAAUCUUCUGAGCCUACCAACACGAGUCAUUGUUGUGUGGUUCCAAAAUGCCAGACAGAAAGCUCGCAAAAACUAUGAAAACCAAGGAGAUGGAGGGAAAGAUGGCGAUCGCCGAGAGUUGUCCAAUGAUCGAUACAUUCGCACGACCAACUUAAACUAUCAGUGCAAGAAGUGUAGCCUAGUUUUCCAGCGUAUAUUUGAUCUUAUUAAACACCAAAAGAAGCAUUGUUACAAAGAUGAAGAGGAAGACGGACAGUAUGAUAGCCAAAAUGAGGACUCUCUUGAUCUCUCACACGAAUACUACACACCGUCUGGGUCAUCAGGUCAGACACCAAUGCCCUCAUCAUCAAGCCUGUGUCCUCUUCCUCCCUCCACCUCUACAUUCUCUCACAUGACAUCCAAUGAAAACGAGGAGCCGAAACCUGCUAACACAUCAAACUCUUUUGAUGAGAAAUCGAAACACUCUGCAGAAGCAUCAUUGGGUCAAAAAGAGCAGCCAUCUUUGAAACAAGAAACCAGUCAUCCAUCUGAGAGCCUGCAGCAGAGGCUGCAAAGAGAGGAGAAAAGUCAUACAGUCCCAAAGAAUUCCAAACGUUCUUCACCUUCCCUCUCUCAACAGCAACAGCAUAGUGGUGGUCCCUCUGUUUCGCAUACAAGUCAGACCUCCCAGAGUUCCCAAAUGGCCCUUAAUGCCCAUUUAGUAUCUGCCUCCCAGCAGCAGUUGGCCCAACAAAUGAUCCCGUACCAGUGCGAACAGUGCAAACUUGCCUUUCCUUCAUUUGAGCAUUGGCAAGAACACCAGCAGCUUCAUUUCCUGAGUGUCCAAAAUCAGUUUAUUCAUCCUCAGUUUUUAGACCGCCCAAUGGACAUGUCCUUUAUGUUAUUUGAUCCUAGUAAUCCUCUGCUGACUAGCCAGCUCCUUGCAAGUGCAAUACCACAAAUGUCCAGCAACUCUGCCACCUCUCCAUCAACUCCUACAUCCACAAUGAACUCCUUAAAGAGGAAGUUGGAGGAAAAGGCUGGAACUAGUCCAGGAGAAAGUGAUAGCAUGAACAGUGGAGAGGAGCCACAACGAGACAAGCGACUCCGAACCACCAUUACACCCGAGCAACUAGAGAUUCUAUACCAGAAAUAUUUGCUUGACUCUAAUCCCACUCGUAAAAUGCUUGACCACAUUGCUCAUGAGGUGGGGCUUAAAAAACGGGUGGUGCAGGUAUGGUUCCAAAACACAAGAGCUAGAGAAAGAAAAGGACAAUUUCGGGCUGUCGGUCCCGCUCAGGCCCACCGGCGUUGCCCAUUUUGUCGAGCCCUGUUCAAGGCUAAAACUGCUCUUGAGGCCCACAUUCGUUCACGCCACUGGCAUGAAGCUAAACGUGCUGGUUACAAUCUGGCACUUUCUGGUAUGUUACCUGAACAAGAGGUUAUGCAGUUGAAGAUGGAUCCUCUAGAUAUGUCUAGCUACUCUCAUCUUCCCCAUUCCAGCAAUGAUGCCCAAUGUUCAUCGCUGUCACCUGUGAGCAAAAACAUGGACUUGUCCCCUAGAGCUCUUCUGAGCCCAACAUCUAUCAAAGUUGAAGGGGGAGAAGAGUUCGAAAGCCCAACUAUUUCCUCAGUAAACACAAACUUUGAUCAAAAUAAACUCGAUAAUGAUGAUUGUUCAUCGGUGAACACAGCCAUCACUGAUACUACCACAGGUGAUGAAGCAAAUGUUGACAAUGACAGUGCUGAUGCAAAGCACAGCCACAAUAGUGGAGACUAUUUGUCUAAAUCUGGGGGUGCAAUCCCCUCUAUUGAGAAUGAUGAGCAGAUGUCAUCAGGACUAGUGAGUCCCGCAACAAGCUACUACACAAAAGACUUUGAAAAUGAAAAUAUCAUAGAUUAUAGUGAAACAUCUAGUCUGGCUGACCCAUGCUCACCAAGUCCAGGGGCUUCUGGAAGUAGAAGCAUCGAUAGUGGAGACAGGCCUGGUCAAAAGCGCUUCCGUACACAGAUGUCUAAUCUUCAGCUGAAGUUGCUCAAGUCUUGCUUUAAUGAUUACAGGACUCCCACCAUGCUAGAGUGCGAGGUACUUGGCAAUGACAUUGGACUUCCAAAGAGAGUUGUUCAAGUCUGGUUUCAGAAUGCUCGUGCUAAGGAAAAGAAGGCUAAGCUCAGCAUGGCCAAACACUUUGGUAUCAACCAGACAUCUUAUGAGGGACCCAAGACAGAGUGCACGCUGUGUGGUAUUAAAUACAGUGCUCGGCACUCAGUGCGGGACCACAUAUUCUCUCAGCAACACAUCUCCAAGGUAAAGGAUACCAUUGGAAGCCAGCUCGAUAAAGAGAAAGAGUACUUUGACCCUGCGACGGUUCGUCAGCUAAUGGCUCAACAAGAGAUGGAUCGUAUCAAGAAAGCCAAUGAGGUCCUGGGACUAGCGCAACAACAAGCCAUGCAGCAACAAGGGAUGUUUGACACAUCUGCUCUGCAAGCCUUGAACCUUCAGUCAGGUUACCCGAAUCUACAGGGGAUUCCCCCUGUUCUCCUGCCAGGUGUUGGUGGUCCAUCCAUACCAGGCUUUAACUCAUCAAACUCAGCUUUAACCCCACCCAAACCUCCGAACCUCCUGAACAUGCCUGGUGCCAGUGUACCCUCUCCUAGUCUCCCUACGUCUGGUUUACCCAACAAGACCCCUUCAUCCUCUUCCUUGGCUUCACCCAGCCCAGCUCAGGCCAGUACGUCUGUUCCCCACUCAAGCCCUACAUCUACAUCAAACUCUUUGACAACGCAGCCGUGCACCCGCCCUGAUUCCCACAAAGGCCGCAACUCCGAGAGGGCCAGAGAGAAAGAGAAACCCAAGGAGAAGGCCGAAAAGCCUCCCACCCCAUCCUCAGCUGGCGGAACUCCUGCUCCCUCCACUUCUGCUGCCAGUGCCAAGAAAGAAAAACAAGACUCGGCUGUUCCGGCCACAUCGAUGCCAACGCCCGGUAUGGAGUACGUGGUCGAUACAGCCCAACUUCAAGCUCUGCAGGCCGCAUUAGCCUCCGACCCAACAGCUCUGCUAACAAGCCAGUUCCUGCCCUACUUCAUGCCAGGCUUCUCUCCGUAUUACGCCCCUCAGAUACCAGGUGGAUAUCUUCAGCCCAUGUAUGGCAUGGAAAGUCUUUUCCCCUACAACCCAUCUUUAUCGCAGGCCCUGAUGGGAUUAUCGCCGGGAUCUUUGCUUCAGCAUUACCAGCAAUAUCAGCAGAGCUUGCAGGAGGCCCUUCAGCAGCAGCAGCGACAGCUUCAGCAGAUUCAGCAACCCAAGGCAAGCCAAACCGCAGCCCCCUCACAGAACUCGGUGGAUCGUAAGGACCCUGCCAAAGAUCCGGCGAAAACGGAGGAGCAGAAGAGCUCUUCCUCAGCUGAAACCUCUUCCGCUCACAAAAACCCAGCCGCUGAGCAGCACAAAGUGGACGACAAAGGUGCAGACCCCCCUCUCGACCAAUUUAUUGUCCCCAAAGUUCAAUACCGGCUGGCGUGCCGCAAGUGUCAAGCUGUCUUCAGCAAGGAGGAAGCGGCUAUCAGCCACCUCAAGUCAAUUUGCUUUUUCGGUCAGUCUGUGGCAAACCUGCAAGAGAUGUUGCUUCGGGUCCCCAACAGCGGGAACGCGGCGGAGCGCGGCCUCUACGACUGCCUCGCCUGUGAGACCACUCUAGAAGGGGACAAAGCGCUAAGUCAACACCUGGAUUCAGCCUUGCACAAACACAGAACAAUCAAGAGAUCCAGAAAUGCCAAAGAGCACGCUACUAGUUUAUUACCUCACUCUUCAGCCUGCUUCCCCAGUCCUAACACCGCAUCUACCUCGCAGUCUGCCACUCACUCAAACAACACCCCAUCCCCUCCGCCAACGACGUCAGCCACCACGCCGUCCUCAUCUUCAUGCACCCCCACCACCUUCACGGCCUCCCCCCUCAACACGACGGCUGCAGGCAAACCCUGGUCCCAGGCCCCUUUCUCCAGAGCUUUAGCUGGGAAGCCCCACGUCCCCUCUUCUUCGUUGUCUUCGUUUGCUCCAGUUUCCUCUCCUUCAACGGUUACCUCAAGUUCAUUGAGCACCUCAGGGGUCCAGACCUCGAUACCAACAGACGUCUUUACCGACGAGUCUGACUCUGACAGCAGUCAGAAGUCAGCGGACAGGCUGGGCAGGCCGGCAGAGGAGCCACAACAGCCUGGCUGUCUCAAAGACAGCAGUAGUUGUAGUAGUAACCUUGCUAGCGUAGGAUCGGACUCCAUCAGAUUGUAACAGCUUUCAGUGACAAACAAUGUGAAAAAAGGAAAAAAAAAACACAAGACAAAAGAGAAAACAUGAGAAAAAAAAGAACAAAAACAAAAAAGCAGCAAUGUUUAAAAUGUUUAAAAGUAUACAAACCAAUUUCAGAAAAAGAUGUGUAAAGACUAACUGCAAUUCCAAAGCUUGUAACCAAAAAUUUUAAUGUUAGUGGAUUGUUUUCCCAUAUCAACAUGCUGGUUUUAGUUUAUUGCAACUCUUAAUAUAUAUAGAUACACAUAUAUACGUAUAUGCAGUAUAUAUAUAAAUGAAUAGAGGAGAUCACAGCAGCUGGUGGAACAGCCUCAAACUUAUUUUAACGGCCCCACGACCCUCUAUACGAAGAACGAGUCGACAAGUUGUUCCUUGUAAUAGCACAGUCACAUAAAACCAGUAUGUAGCGUAUGGGAGAAUAGUCUUACAGUUUUCUUGCUAUCUAACCAUUCAAAUACCAAUGGCUUGCUAAAGAAAAGAAAAGUAAUGUAAUGUCUAUUUUAUUCUCAGGUCAACAGCUCACAACCUUUUUGUGUUACAAAAAGUCAUUAUUUUAUUCAUUUUGUUCUAAACAAAUGAUAGACGUUUCUGUUUUUAUAUGAUUUCAUUGGCAGAAAGUAUUCAGAAAUGAUACGAACUCAAAGUUUUCUGGGCAUUCAAUGAGUAGCUGAAUUGCUGGUUUUAAACCACCUUAAUUUUUUUUUUACGGGAGAGUUACCGAUCCCAUUUUACCCAGACACGAAAAGCAUUGCAGACUGGUGGGGGAAAAAGAUUUUUUUUACGAAAAAAACUUUCUGUAUUUAUGAUAGAUAUAUACAUUUUUGGUGUUAAGUAGAUUGUUGCAUUGGAAAUGAAUUUAAACAGUAUGGUAGAUUGGAAAAUCUUUGUGUACAUUUAGCUUUUGUAUCGUCCAACUUUAAGGCGCUUCAUUUGAUGUUGUCUUGGUCAUUCCAAUAGACUAGAAUAAGGAGCAGGAAACGAUCUGUUUGUGUCAAAUUCUCAGCUUCUUGGUUUUCGUUCUCCCGGCUCUAUCUCUCACCUGUGGUUAGACCCAAGAGAAUUCUGGGCUGUCUUUUUUCUUUUUUUUUGUUACCUUAGUGCACUUACCACUGUCUGACUCUCUCUAUCCCUGUCUGUGUUUUCCGUACUCCCCUGCCUUUGUGGAUUUGAGCACUACAAAGCAGAUACUUGUUCUCAUGUAGUGUGGCUGCAGUCUGCUAUAGGCUUUGUUCUUUUCAACGUUUUGUUAUGUACGAUAAUGAAAAAGAAUAAUAAUAAUAAUAAUUCUCACGCUUUAAAACGAAAAGAAAAUCCAAAGACUUAACACUUUCACCAUUGGUGCAUAAAGAUGAGAAGAGGCUUCUUUAUACUUGAGAAUUUGUUGCUGUUUUUAAGGAAAGGAAACAAAGUUUUAAAAUAAAAGAAGUACGCGUCGGAGUUGCCGUUUUUGCUCCUUCGCGAGCAGACAGGUGCCGCUUUACGUCAAAUACUAAGAAAACCAAAAAUCUCAAAGGGCCCCUGUCCUUGCGUUGUGAAGUAGCACCGUUACAGAGCCAUUGCAGUUUGUAAGAUGGAGGUUUUGUUGAAGUUUUCUGUCACACAUGAAAUCCAUUUUUUGUUUCGAUUUCUUUUUUGUAAAAUAUGUACAAGGUCUGGUCUUUGAGGACAUAUGUUUUGCUGCUAAUGUAGAUUUGGAAAGGAAGAAUACCUAGAUGCAUGCUCCUUUUGCUUUUUGGCUAAGCUUUAACGAACGAACGAAAAAAAGAAAGAAACCAACAAUAAACCCUUUUCCCGCCCUCGUGACAUCUUUUUCCCUUCUUGUUGCAAAAGCGGAACUUUUGAAGACUGUGAAUUUGUGUUCCAAAGGACAUUUUAGCUUUCGUUUCAUUUUCGAACAGACCAAUGUUUAAAAGCCAGUGAUCUCUGAUGUUUGUAAAAAUAACAGUGCAUUCCAAAUACUACACCCGAGUUUUCGUUUCUUAAGCAAGGACUGUUCGUUUUUAUUCAAUUCGAGUAUUUUAUCCCGUUUCUAAGGUGACUCUAAGCCGUUGUGUUACUCUGCCAUGAUGGAUUGCUGAACAUCACCUCUCGAUUCCCUCGCUCCCAUUAUGAUGUUUUGAGAGUAAACCGAAUCCCUGCAGUCAUUGAAGGACUUUACUCACUUGAACUAGAUCGCAAAGUCGUAGUGGUUACCAAAAAUGUACAUAAACUGCAUCCUGUUUGAUAGUUACGUAUCUCACUGGUCUCAUGUCAUCGUGCAUCGUAACGAGUCUCAGAACGAACGUAGGGAGUUCGGCUUCUGCAGGGUGUAAAUCCAUUUUCACGCAUUAUAUAUGUGUGUUGCAGGUCUGUAAGGAGCAUCUUCAUUCCAAAGCAUCGUAAGAGUGGGAAAAACAAGAUUUGUUUUAGAUGUCCCUUGUUUUGCAUGGUGAUGAGGUAGAAUUCUGCCUUCUUGUCCAAAGACGUCUUCACUCCAAGUAAUUGCAAUGGAAUCAGUCCCCAUCCAGUCAUGAAUUCAGUUGCUUUUUAUUCCCCCUCCCAAACCGAGUCUAGAAGCUUUUGGGGUGCACAAACGUAUAGCAAGCGUAUUUGGCUUUAGUGACACAUUUCCACACAUCGUCUUGCAGAACAAUUCGAUUUGGUGUUCUUCGGUGUGCAUGCUUUUACAAUUGGGUUCAUUUGAACUGCAAGCCCGCCAUUGCUCUCAAUCAAUGUUAUUUUUAAUAUUGUACCUAAUUAUUUUUAAGAAUUCUAAUAUUGUAUAGUUUAUUUUUGAAUGCUUUGCAUUGUUUUGGUCUCAAAUAAUAUGUUUAUGGUUAUAACUGUAUAUUUUAUUUUAUUUUCCUUUGUUUUAUAUUUCUAAAUUAAUGCCAGCUUUAAAUCUCACCUACUUGUUUCCUGUCAUUCUCUGGCCACUUUAUGGUGUUACAAUGUUUCAAUAUCUGUUCGUCUCAACACGGUUGUAUCUCUCGCUUCCAAAGUGUUCUGGUUUUUUAUGGGCUCUCGAGUGGGGCAGAUUUCCUCACAGUUGUUUCAGCCAGCAUGGACUUUGUAUGCGUGUGUGUGUGUGUGUGCGCGUGCGUGCGUUUCAUAAGAGCCAGCAUCAGUCUGAGUUUUUAUACUUGGUAUUCUAUUUUUUACUUUUGUUCCGCACCAAAACAAUAUUGAACUGCAAAGCUGUAAAGUUGUGAAGAUUUUGAAAAAUCUCAACACAAUAACAUGUAAUGUGGUGAUAGAGGAAAGCACUGAGCUGUUGUUAUUAUUUUAAAGAAAAGAAUGUGGCCAAAGCUUCAUGCAGUUGAAAAGAAAAACACAAGUUCAGUUGGUGCCCCCGAUGAGUGUAUAUUUAUUGUGCUUGAUCCAAAACGUGGCAGAGAUCCAUCGACUCUCAUUGGGAUACUUGAUUUUUGCGAAAGGUUUUGCUGUAGAGGUCAUCGUUUUGCCCACUGUGAAAAUAAACAUGUAUACAGAUAUAGAUAUAUUUAAAGAAGACAUCAACACUUUUCUUUGAAAUGUCAAAGAAGGAAAUUAAAGAGAACUGAACUCUGGGAAUCUCGAGAGAUGUCAUUGAGAUGUCUAAGAAGGCUGUCGGCACACCAAAACUGGGCAUGGGAGCCAAAGGCAGGGUAAACACGGCCCGGAUAUCAAGUCGUUAACUUUGUAUGUCGACGGGAGUGGACUCUACGACCAGUGGACAUACGUGACGCCGAGAGGAAUCUAUCUGGGUUUAAGCUCGACUCCUUUCGUCUCUCUCUGGUUCUGCAUCUACUUGGACAUUUUCUGCACUUCUGAAAGGGACGGACACUCGCUUACGUCGUCUCCCAGUUCACAGUGUUGCUACCCGUUUCAUUUCCUCCUGCCCGAUUCAGUGACUGACACGCCGCGGUUCCUCCGAUCGGAGAGCGGAGUUCCAUCAAACCAUAAAGAAUGACUUUACUGAUCAAGGGGAGGGGAUUCUCUUGGGUGUCAUUCCUAAGGAAGCAGACGAACACAAAAAAGCGAAUCAACCAAAAUGAAUAACCAAACUAACAAGCAACCAAACGAAAAACCAUUUGCUCCAGUUUCGAGGAUGAACUGCUACUGGAGCUUCCUGUUCCUUUUGUGGCUCCUGGUGCCACAGCAUUUUUGAAGCUUUUUGUGUUUCCUUAUUUCUUGGUUCUCUUUUGUUUCUCCUUGAAUUAUUCCUCCUCCGAGCCUCGCAAGCACGGCUCUGUGGCUCCAGGUAGCCCAUCCGAGGGUAGAACUUACAGCCUUGCAAUGUACAAAAAGAGCAAGUUAAACCAAAAAUGUUGUUCUUGAUGUCUUUUCUAUACUGUAGUCUUGUUAGCUUUUUGUUACUGUAAUUAUAUGAUGAAGAUUUCCAAACUGUACCAAAUUACAUGGAGACUAACAUACAUACACCACAUGGAACUUCAGACUUUUAAAGAGAAACUUUUGUCACAAAAACCUUGUUGUCCUAGUUAAGUUGAUUGUAGAUGGUAAUUGAAUAUACUCCUUUGAAAAUAUUUCAUCAAGUAUGUUUCUUGCUCAUUGUGAUACAUUAAAAAGUAUGAGCAUAAAA